AUGGACGCUGCUGUGGAGGAAGGAGUCGACGUGCUCUCCAUUUCUCUUGGCUCUGACGAACCACAUCAAUUCUACGAGGACCCAAUGUUGAUAGCUGCUUUCAAAGCGAUGGAGCAUGGUAUCUUUGUCAGCUUCGCGGCGGGAAACGACGGCCCUGAAUACUAUAAUGUAAUUAAUGGGAUUCCCUGGGCUCUUACUGUUGGCGCGAGUACUAUGGACAGGCAGUUGAGGGCAAAUGUGGUGUUGCGGCGAAACAGGCCGAGCUGGUUGUUCAAUGGAGAGGGGGCCUACCAACCAACGGAUUUCAGCAAGGAAUUUCUGCCACUUGUUUAUGUCCAAAACUGCACAAGUGAUGAUUCAUUGAAGAGAAGCAAGGUGAAAGGGAAGAUAGUUGUGUGUGACUAUCCAAUUCCUGACAUAGCAACUGCAGCUGCAAUUAGAAGACUUGGCGGUGCUGCUAUGAUCUUGGUUAACUGGAAGGAUUUGGAGAGCACUACAACGGCAGUAGGUAACUCCCUCCCAUCUGCAAACAUCAAUUAUGCAGAUGGUCUGGAGGUUAAAAGAUAUAUAAACUCGACGGCGAAACCCAAGGCCAAGAUAUUAUUUCAAGGAACCUUGUUUGGAUACGAAGCACCUGUGGUUGCUGCCUUUUCUUCUAGAGGACCCAACAUUGCAAGUCUUGGGAUUUUGAAGCCGGAUAUUUUAGGCCCAGGUGUAAAUAUCCUGGCGGCGUGGCCGACCUCUCGCGAAAACAGAACGAAUGUGAAAUCCACAUUCAAUAUGUUGUCUGGUACCUCUCACUCAUGCCCACACCUCAGUGGAGUGGCAGCACUGCUCAAGAGCACACAUCCUGAUUGGUCGCCCGCUGCAAUCAAGUCGGCCAUCAUGACUACAGCAGAUGUUGUGAAUCGUGCAGGGAAGCCCAUCGAGGACGCAAAUUCUCACGAAGCCAACAUCUUUGCAACCGGUUCAGGCCAAGUGAACCCACAGGCGGCAAAUGAUCCAGGGCUCGUGUACGACAUCGAACCCAAAGAUUACAUCCCUUACUUGUGUGGUUUGAACUACACAAACACACAAGUCGGUCUGUUUUGGAAGCACAACAAGGUGGAUUGCUCGAGGGUGAGAAGCAUACCUGAAGCCCAGCUAAACUAUCCGUCGUUUGUACUUAAUUUCACGGGUGGUGAGCCGGUUUCUCAAAAGUAUACUAGGACGGUAACAAAUGUCGGCCUCCCUAAAUCGACUUACAGAGUGACUGUUGUCCCCCCAGUUGGCAUCAAAGUUCUUGUCGAGCCCGAGACUCUCAAUUUCUCGAGGCUGAACGAGAAAAGGCAGUAUCAGGCGACGUUUACACGGCUCGCGACCGCACCCAACAAGCCAUUUGUUCAAGGCUUUCUAAUAUGGUCUUAUUGUAAGUACACUGUUAGGAGCCCUAUUGCAGCUAUACUGCAAGGGCCGCAAUCAUGGAACUGA